UUUUUUUUUGUCGUGCUAGUUAGUGAUUUGUUUUUUGGUGUCCACAAAUAAUUCUGUUUACUCACAGAUGGCACAGCAAGGCACAGGAUCUCCGGGUAAGGUUGCGUCCGUGGUGCCGAACACGAAUAUAUUUGGGGUGCCACUGCAUCAGGUGAUGCAGAUGGAGGAGGGGCGGACCGUGAUGGAGGAGCAGAAGAUACCGACAGUGCUCGACAUGAUAUUUUGCAGUUUGGAAGCGCAAGCUAUGGACGCUGAAGUUUUGGUUCAGGCGGACCCAGAGGACAAAGAGGUCGAGAUACUGCGCACAGAGAUAUGUGGAGGUCAGAUUCCUCUGUUGAACGAAUUGAAGAUUGAGACGUUGGCCGGGCUGCUGAUGAGGUACUUUUUGGAGUUGCCGGAGCCGAUUGUGCCGCCGGUGUACUACCAAAAGGUUAGGGGGAUAGUGUUCAAUUAUUUUUCGAGGAGACAGAAGUUGGUUGGAAUUCGGAAGCUUCAGAAAAUUUUUAGGGCGCCGAGUUUUCCGCAGGUUAACGCAUGCAUAUUGUACCGGCUGUUGAGUUUUUUCAACAAGUUGUCGUCGAGUUGGUGGUCGGACGCGUGUUUUUACGAGAGGGUGAUUGAGAAGUUCGUGCCGUUCGUGCUUCGGAACGACAAGUUGACGAGGAGGGAGAUGUCGAGUCCGUCGGAGAGGGACGUGGACGCGAUGAUGGUGCUGGUGGAGAACUACGAGGAGAUAUUGGGGGGCUGCGGGGCGGGGUCGGAGAGCGAGGAGCGACGCAAGAUGAUGAUUGCGAGAGGGGGGAUGGCGUCGGUGUCGUCGUUUUUCAACAGGGAGAGGGAGAUGGAGAUAAAGGUGGAGCAGGCGUUGAAGGAGGCGGAGAUGAGGAGUCGGGUGGAGGUGGUGACGAUUAGGGAGUUGAGGAGGGACAUGGAGGAGCACAGGAGGUCGACGGACGAGCGGAUAGCCGGAAUAAAGAGGUCGGUGAAGGCGAUAGAGAGGGAGGUGAAUGAGAUUAAGGUGAUGCUGCAAGGGUACGAGCGUUCUGAUUAG